GACAAUGUCUGCCUGCCCUCUGAGGGCUCCAGGGCCCUUCCCAGUUGGGAAACAGCUAAGCAGGUUUGGCCAACUGACCUGGACGUGGUCAACAGCCCUGACCUCCAACACAGCCAUCCACCAUUCCAACUGAUUGGGAGAUGUUUCCCUUCAAGGUGAGCAAGUGGAUGGGACUGGCCUGCCUCCGGUCCCUGGUGCUGCCCUCGCCCAGUAUUCGUCAGAAGAAAAUAAUACACAAGCUGCAUGAGGAAAAGGCUUUUCGAGAAGAGAUGAAAAUUUUCCAUGAGAAAAUCGAAGACUUCAGGGAAGAGAUCUGGGAGUUCCGAGGCAAGAUCAGGGCUUUCCGGGGCCAGAUCCUGGAUUUUGGGGAAGAAGAGAGACCUUUCUGGGAAGAAGAGAAGAUCUUCUGGACAGAAGAAAAAGCUUUCUGGGAAAUGGAAAAAUCAUUCUGGGAAGAAGAGAAGACUUUCUGGAAAAAAUACAGAACCUUCUGGAAGGAGGACAAGGCAUUCUGGAGAGAGGACAAUGCUUUAUGGGAAAGAGACCGGAAUCUUCUUCAGGAGGACAAGGCCCUGUGGGAGGAGGAAAAAGCCUUGUGGGUAGAGGAAAGAGCCCUGCUUGCAGAAGAAAAGACUUUGUGGGCGGAUAAGAAGUCUCUCUGGGAAGAAGAGAAUGCCCUUUGGGCGGAAGAAAAAGCCCUCUGGGUGGAAGGUGGUGGUUUCCAUCUCCCUGGGAAACUGAGGCACCAAAAUGGUCCCUACAAUGCCAAUGAAGAGCCACAGUCAACAUUCUUCCUCCGGAGCCGUGCUUAGUGGACACUGAGCACAGACGGUCAUGGGAUGCAGACAUCACUGGUUGGGACUGAAGUCCAGGGUGACCCCGUGUACUAGAAGAAAUAGACACUAAUUUGUCUCUUUGCCAUGAAAGAGAUAAUAAAGUCCUGAAGAGAGGUUUGACAAAGCAGCUCUUCAAGGAAGGUUGGCUUCAUUCUUCCUGCCAC